UGAUGUUCAGUCAUCAUGAGGUUUCCAUUAUUCAAUUGGGUCUCAUCUUAAGGUUUGUAAACUGUGGUAGGCGCGAUUCGAAAGUUCGUCGUCGCCGACGAACAUCGUCUUCUCAUGUCCCCACGCUCUUGCCUUCACUAUAGAUGCUUUGGGUUCUGAUGGAUGUUCCCUUUCCUUCUUUCUUCCUUUCUUGCAGCUUGCCUCUUCCUUCGAUUCACGCUCUUUCGCUACCCAACUCGACCCUUCAAGCUUGCUUACAACAUUCGAUCGCUUUACUUCUUGCUUUCAAUCAACCUUGCUCUCUUUCGUCCGAUUCCAAUCUUUUCCAUCUGAGUUCUCUCCAUCGUCGUUCUCUUUUAGCAAAGGUGUAGCGGCAAAGCCAGGCACACUUCUCAUCACCUUGCUUCGACGCCGUACGGGAAUAACGAUGGUACUGCUCAGAGUAGUUUGCCUCGUUGCGAUCUUACCUGGGAUAGUUGGUCAGAUUGAUCCCUCGGCACCGGAUUGUGCCAUCAACUGCUGGGAGAACACAAAAUAUGUCAGCAAAUGCUCUACAGACGUUGGCUGUCUGUGCAGUGAGCCAGAUUAUACCAAUUCAGUGUACCAGUGUCUAUUCUCCCAGUGCGACACGGUACAUUUCGGCUCUGCACUUCACCAUGUUAUUGCACAGUGCUUCGGUUCUGGCAAUGAGAUUCUUUUCGCCGUUCCUCCUAUCCCGAAUCGAGAUGACCUCCGCCGUCGAGAAGCCGAGUACGCAGCUGGUGCUAUAUUAUAUGGCUCUGGUUCUGAAGCUGGGUUUCCCACCGAGAGUGUGGACUACCCUAUACAAAGCGCCAAUUAUCCAACGCAAAGUGUCGGUGGUCCUUAUUCUCCAAGUCCAACAGUUCCUCACUUUCCUCUGGAGACUGCCACCUCGCCCGCACUUACAUCUGCAACGCCAACACCUGCACCAUAUAGUGCUUUGGCCGAAACAACCACUGCUUCCCCAGUACUCUAUACAGGCUCAUCAUCGUCUAUGACUUCUUCUACUGGGCUCGCACUACUCUUCGCGUUGUUGGUCAUCAUCUUGACCUAUUGAUUCGACGAGCACAAUUUCGGUGCCGCGCCCCUGCGGCGUGGGUCAGUCUUGGUUCUGUUCACUUGGUCUAAACAGCAGAAAGCUGUUUGAUCGGUUUUUUUGCUGGCAUAUUGGUCUAGCACACAAGAUCCACAUUGGGACCAUGGGUACUUUUGCGUAUUU